CUCAGUGACACAGACUCUCCCGCAGCUGCACGGCGGAUCCACGAGUGAAGAGCCGCUCUGUGGCGGAGGGGGCAAAGCAUCCGCGGCUUUCAGCGCGAGUCCUCACUGGCAUGGACACCGGAGGAGAGCACUGACCAUUCAGGAACCAUGCCUACUGUCCUCGCUGGCAAAGGGAAACUUUCCAUUGUGUGUUUUCUACUCCGAUGCGCAUAUUCUCAGGUAACAAGAAGCCAACACAACAGCUGUGCCAAAGGCAUUCUGGAGGACAUGACUCAGUCCUGGCCAUCCCAGCAAGCCUUAGGGGGUGACCAGGCCCAACGAAUCCUCUACAACUCAAAGGAAGCAAAACUACCAAGUGCACAACAAAGUCAAAGUCGGGGAGAUGUUCAGCUGCGAAUGACCCGUCACCCUCUCCUGGCACCUCACAAAUCCAUGCUUGCUGAUGAUCUGAAGCUGAGCAGUGAUGACGAAGACACUCAAAGAGCGACUCAUGAGUCAGCUUCCUGGGAUGGACACAGCCUGUCAGCACAGCGAGCGCACACACAUGGCAGGAGAGUGAGACAUUCCAGCUCGGACUCUUCAGGCUCAGAGUGCUCCGUUGAGUCGGGCAGCAGUAGCCUUCACUCCCGGAGCCCCAGCCAGAGCCCAGAAGUUCACACAGAUCCUUUGUCGCCUGCCAGUGAGCAGCCAGCAUGCAACAGCAAGGAGACUGACCGCCCGUCUGCUGCCCAGUGGCAGUUGGAUAAAUGGCUGAAGAAAUCCCAGAAAAAAUCUGAAAACAGUGAACAGGAUCCUUCCCAGAGCAUUUCAGGGCGCCAUCUCUCUGCCCACACCCAGCGAGCCCCAUCUCCAGCCAGGUCCUGGGACAUUAAUCAGGAAUACAGCCCUAGCCAAAGCCCUGUUCUUAGCCCACAAUUCCAUUACAGCCACAACAGCCCCCUUCCUAGUCCUGGUUAUAGCUACUGCCCUAGCCCCAGCCCAUUCCCCAGCACCUGUCCUAGUCCUAGCCCCAGCCCCAGCCCGAGGCAUAGCCCAAUUCCUAGUCCAGUUCCAAGUGUUUGCCCGAGUCCGCAUGCAAGCCCAAGGGCCAGCCGUAGCCCUAGCCCGAUAACUAGAGAUCCUCCAAGAAGUCCUUCUCCCAGGGUUCGACACUACCCUGAGGUUCAAAGUCAGAAUCGAACACAGUCUAGUCGAACAAAUAAUACCCACAGGGCAAAAAUAAGGUCAUGGAUUGGCCCAUUGCCUAACACUAACACCAAGAGCAAGCCUACAAACAGUACUCAUCUUCAGCCAACUCAUCAGCACAGGCCCAAAAAUCGACCCACACAAAACCAAGACCAGAGUCAAAGCAAAUCCAAAGCCCCUGCUGUUCUAAACUCUGACCAGAGUCACAGCCACAAAUCUAGACCCAAGCCUAACUUUCAUCCCAGCUCUCAAAAGCUCUCUGAGGCUCCCAAAUCCAAGCACACACCACAUUGUGAGCAAAUCCAGAGCAGCGGAUCAAGCCACAACUCCAAACACAAGGCUAGAGCUUCACUUCAGUCUAGCUCACAACAUAGCCCUACCAGAGCAAAGCAGUUAGCUCCCACUAGUAGUGAAACUGACCCUGGUCAUAGUUCUCAUUCCCAAUCUACCUCUAAAGCUGCUGCUAAUUCUAACACUGGGUUGAGCUCUAGAUCAAACCCUAGCCUAAAGCCUAGGGUCAAGUCGUGGGGGGUUUCAGCCCCAACUUCUGUGCAUGUUGACCUUACAAAAACAGCACAGAAGAAAUCUCAGUCCAAGGAACAAGAGGUGGAACACAGAGGAGAUCGUCUGACCCAAGCAGAGGGGAGAAAACAAGAGAGAAGAGAAGAUAGACAUAGGGAACAACUACAAGGGAAACAGGAAAGAAAGGAAGACAAGAGGCUGGCGGAGGAGCAGCUACUGAGACGUCCCUGGAUCCAGAGUUCGACAGAAGAGGAGGAAGAGGAGGAGGAGGGAGUGAUAGAGAGGCAGAGGAAGAGAGAAGAGACAUCGAGAGGGGAAUACAGUAGGAGGAGGGGGCAGCAAAACAGACGCGAAUGGCAAACAGUCCAGGCACAGCAAAGACCAUCUACCAGCACCGAACGGCAUCGCCUUCAAGACAACUCACACCACCACCACGGCAGGACCAAAAAGGGAGGAAGAAGUGAGGAGGAGAAAGAGUUAGAGCAAGACCCUUUGCCUCCUCCAUCACGUUCCCCAACUCCUCAUAGACCGUCCUCCUCAUCCUCUGCCUCCUCCUCUUCAAAUUCAGAUUCAGAAUCUGAAUAUCAGGCUCCAGUCACCAAAGUUUCAGCAGACUCCACCUCUCACAAGAGACUCAUCAAAAGAGGGCAACAAGGCCCAGGCACAACUGGCACCAGCAAGUCGAAGGUGGUGCACCCCAGAGGACCCAGCUCGACUAAUCCACCUGAGGGGCAGCAGAGCGAGGGGAAGCAAAAACUCUACACCCUGGUCCCAUUUGGGCGAGGUGAACAGGCUACAGCGCCUUCCCAGCGUGGACUACGAAAUCUUGUGGUCCAUAUAGACCUCUCUCUUCUCAAAAGGGUCCCGGACAGCACUACAAGCCCCACGGCUAAAAAGCCUUCGUCUUCCUCUUCGUCAACCAAGGACAAGCCAAAAGAGGCUAUGAAACAAUUGUAUGUUCCUGAGACUGGGACGAAAGAUGGCAAAAGGAAACGCAAGCUAGAGAAUGGUGUAUCACACAGUGAAAGCAAGAGGAGUGUUCCUUUUACAAAUGACCUCCCAGGCCGCACAGAGUCUUCAUCUCACAUGGCUGAGCCCAACUUUGUGACUGAGACCACACACAAUGGGUACUUGGCAGAGUACUUGGACAGCAAGAGGCCACUGACCCCCCUGUCUCCACUGUCCGACAACCCGGAGUCCAUCAAGCCUCUCUCCAAAACAAAGACUUCAGAGCAGCCUCACGUCCAUAUCCACAAGAACAGAGACAAGAACAGAGAUUCUGCCAUAAAGCCCAAGAUGGAGGUGGAAUGUGUUAAAGUGUCAAGACAGCCCCAACCACCAUCUGAGUCUUGGGGCCCUGCAGGACACAGGGGGGCCAUGCCAAACAACGAAACUCCACACCAUGCUGAGUACUACUUACAUGAGGCUAAAAGGAUGAAGCAUCGUGCAGACGCAAUGGUGGACAAACUGGGGAAGGCUGUGAAUUACAUUGACGCUGCUCUCUCCUUCAUGGAAUGUGGGAAGGCAAUGGAAGAAGGGCCGCUAGAGGCAAAGUCUCCUUAUACCAUGUACUCAGAGACAGUGGAGUUAAUUAGGUAUGCAAUGAGGCUGAAGAACCACUCUGGCCCUGGGGCGAGACAGGAAGACAAACAGCUGGCAGUCCUGUGUUUCCGAUGCCUUGCCCUCCUUUACUGGCAAAUGUUUCGUUUAAAGAAAGACCACGCACUGAAAUACUCCAAAGUUCUGCUGGACUACUUUAAGAGUUCCCCCAAAGUGCCUUCUACAGCACCCUGCUGGAAUGACUCUGAGAAGGGUACAGGAGGACUGCCUUCUUCAGUUUCACCCAGUGCCAAACACCUUAAACAGGGUUCACAUGGGGGCAACAACUUACCCUCUCUCAUAAGCAUUCCCCAACGUAUCCACCAGAUGGCAGCAAAUCACCUGAACAUUACCAACAGUGUCCUGUACAGCUAUGAGUACUGGGAGGUGGCAGACAAUCUUGCAAAGGAGAAUAAAGAGUUCUUCAACUACUUGAAUACUUUGUCUGGACCAUUGACUCUUCACAGUAGCAUCGCCCAUGCAGUCCAAUACACCAGACAGGCUCUUCAAUGGAUACGCAUUAGUGCCAAACUUAACUAACAAGGAGAGAUUUGACUUUCAACUGCUCAAUGGAUCUCCAGGCCUUAUUUAGAAAGAGACAAAACUGUGGAUCUCUCAGCAGCUGACAGGACUGCAUUGAGACCUGCUGCACUGUGUGAGAUAGAGUUGGAUGAAAUCCCAUAGAGCUUGAUCAUCCUCAUAGGAUGUUGGGGGUGUUUGCCAUCCCGGUCUUGCUGUGUGCAAAGCCUUCUGAAGGAGCAAUCUUCUCACAGAUGAACUACACGCACCUUCUCCUUCAUUGUUGGAUUUAUCUGGAGAGUUGUGUGUGCGUUAUGGAUUUGAAGUCUUCAGUCAUUUGCCAAAUGUCUCAUGGUGACACAAACAGGAUUCAUUUCUACUCACUUGUAUGUGCAAUUUCACGUGUGAAGCCUUUUUAUACUUUGGAAUGAAUCAUUAUUCAGUGCACUAUUCCUCUGGGGCCAAAACGGGAGAAGAUGCUAAAAAAAAAAGACCAACCGAUCAGAUACCACUUUGUCCACAGUAGAAACUUUGUCUGCAUCUUUUUCUAAUGAAGGAUUGAAGGACUCUCGUUUUUAAAUCUGAUAUUUUCACUUGUAUGUGUUUUUACUGUGCAAUAUUUGAUGGAUUAUCUGUUUUUAGAGAAAAAAAAUGUUGAAGAGCAAAAACUGUUGGUGAGCCUAGUUGCCAACAUUAAAGGUCCCUUUUAUGCAAAAUGCAUUUCUGUCCCUGUGUUGAAUGUGGAGUUAUGCAACUGAAUGAAUACUGAAGUUCAGGGGAUCACUCAGACUUCAUCUUGGUAAGGUUAAGUUUUCUGGUUUUGGGAGUACGUAUUUUAAAUGUGCAGCAGCUUGUAACACGACUGACACGGGUAGCAUCGCUAUCAAAGUGAUACUCUUUCGGGUCUUAAUUUUGGUGAUUUUUUGAAGUCAUCUGUGGCUCAGCUACAUUCAAGUCUGUGAAAACCCUCUCAAAAUGGAUGAUGGUAAAUCAAACUAUAAAGAGGUGUUUUAUCCCAUGAAAAGACUAGCCUGACGACCAAACAGAAAUGCUGUUUCACUUUCAUUCUUCUUUUUUUUUUAAAAAUAUUAUUUUAAUUGCUUGACAAAGAAAAGAUGCAGCAGUGAUUCAGAGCUAUGAAAUGUGACAUUCUGCACAUACACUCACAUUAAGCUACUCUCUGAUACAGUGACCUUUACAUAACUUCUGCUAAUUAUAUAUGUAUGACCAAAGAUACCCCAUAUAAUGAUGUUGUGUAUAUCCAGUGCCUGCAGCAAGCCCGGUCUUUACAUCACAGUGCAUAGCUUUCUCCCUGAAGUACCCAUUGAUGUCUGAGAGAAGCUCCCAAGCAUCUCACUGAUUAUCCUGCUUUUAUCGUCUCACAGUGUCUUUUUAUUUCAUUAUAUUGACCAGAGGACAUUAUAUUUGCAGGGUGUUUUUGAUUUCUGUCACUUGUGUGGAAAUGUAUUGGUGCAUAUCUCUAGGAAAGGUAGAGGAUCCUGUAGGCUGAUUCUCUCUUUCACUGGCUUUGUUGCUAUCACUGAUACACACAAACA